AAACAGCUGUUAGCUUCAAAAUGGCGGUGGUACGAAAUUAGUGCCGGGUGUCGAAUAUAAUAUAAACUUUUCUUUCUUAGACACUUGUCUAACAUGUUAUUUCCACUUUCUCAUUUGAGUCGUAAGAACUUUGACACGUUAUUUAAAACCUUUUCAAGUCACCAUGUAAAAACGCUGGUUAGAACGGCUAAAACGAAAAGAAAGACAGUCGAAGAUAAACCGGAAGAAGGCAAGAAAAAAGGAAUACCGAUAAUAACGUGCAAAAGACCAAACUUCAAUUUCUACAAAGGCGAUAAAUAUAACAAAUGGAAACCAGUAUUAGCCAGCGAGUCAUGGAACCACAAAGGCUCCAGAGGCGAUUAUUUUUUCAUACAUCCUUAUGACAUUAAUAACGACAAUGAAACGGACGAGGAAACUAACGUUAAACAAUUUGAAGAUUUUAAUUUAGAUCUUUCUUUAUGUAAACAUAUAAAAACUUUAAAUAUAGAAAAACCUUUAGAGAUUCAAAGUUUAGCGAUACCACCAAUUCUUCAUGGUCAUAAUACGCUAAUAGCGGCAGAAACGGGAUGCGGUAAAACGCUAGCUUAUGUUUUACCGUUAAUAACGCAAGUUUUGAGAUGGAAAGAAAUGGGGCAAAGGGAUGUCAAUUGUCCAUUGGGUUUAAUCGUAACACCUUCCAGAGAAUUAGCAGUACAAAUUGGGCUCGAGUUAAUCAAGAUCUCUAAAUGUCUUGGUGUUAAUACAAAAAUCAUAACUGGUGGAAGAACUAAAAAAAUGAUGAUGGAUCCUCCUGUUGGAGAUGUGGACAUUCUUGUCUGUAGUUUUGGUGUUAUUAGUAAAUUAACUACUGUUAGAAUUUACAAUCUCAAGUUCGUAAAAUUUGUCGUGUUAGAUGAAGCUGAUGCUCUACUCCAUGUAACAUUUGAAGAUAAACUAAAAGUUUUCUUAAGCAGAAUAACGAUUGGUUACCGUCAAGAAGAAUCCGAAGAUAGAUUACCGAAUAGCGCUCAACUUAUUUUAGCCUCUGCGACAAUUCCCAGGCGAUUGGAAAAUGUCUUGGGCCAUAUCGUGAAUCUGAAAUCUUUACAACACGUAACAACAAAAAAUCUGCAUAAAAUAUUGGUCACACAAAAAUUUAUGAGAUUAGGUUCAAGUCAAAAGCCAAUGGAACUUUUAAAAUAUAUAAAACCUAAAGUAUCGAAUAAACAACCCGUAAUUAUAUUUAGCAAUCAGACCGGUACAUCCUAUUGGCUUCAUAUAUUUUUGCGCGAGUGUGGUAUAGAGGCUACAAAUUUAAGCGGUGAUAUGCCAUUAUACGUACGACAAGGAAAAUAUGGGGAAUUUUUAAAUGGCAAAACAAGGGUAUUAACAACGACGAACGCCGGAUCCAGAGGUUUAGACACAAUAAUGGUUAAUCAUAUUUUAAAUUACGAUUUCCCACUCGAUACAUCUGUUUAUGUUCAUAGAUGCGGCAGAACCGGUAGAGUAGGUACAAGAGGCGAAUGUAGAGUGACGAAUUUCAUUAGUAAACCGGGAGAAAUUGCCGUGGUUCAAAAAAUUGAAAGGGCUGUAAGAAAAAUGAAAGCAAUUCCUAUCUUUAAUCUGGUCGAAACGGAUGAAAAAGAUGAACAAGUGGUAGAAGACCAAUACAUUGGGGAAAAUAUCGAAAACUUGGACGACGUUGAAAAUGUUCCAUAUUAAACUACGCUACUGUUGCUUGCUUUUCUUGUAACUGUGUAACGCCAACAAAUUUACCGAUACGAGAAAGUCUUCGAAGAAGCCCUUGCAACGACUCUCGAUAGGAUCAAAGAAUCGACUGAACGUCGUUGCCCUUAAAUCUGUUUAAU